AUGAAUGUUACCGUCUUUCCCAACAAUACCAUCUCCGCAACAAACAACAUCACUCAUAUCGGCCAACUCUUCUGGGACACGGCUCUCCGCGCUGCUGUCGAAGAGGUCUAUCCAUACAACACCAACACCCAGGCCGUCACAACCAACGACGAGGACAUGUGGGAUAUUGUCCAAGCAGGCACAACCUACGAUCCCUUCCCCCAAUACAUCUAUCUCGGUGAUGACAUUAGCGACGGUCUGUUUGCUUGGAUCCAGAUUGGUCUUGACACUACCGCCAACUACAUCGAUGAUGAGUACUACACCGUCGCUGCUUACGUCGAUGCCGACGGUGGCCAUGCUUCUUCGAAUUCGUUCACCGGAGGCGGUAGCGGUACUGGCGAUGCAGGCAAUGGCACUGCACCAGCAGAUGGUAACGCAUCAGGUUCCGGCGCUCCUACUGGCAGCGCUCCUUCCGACACUGCCGGCGGCUCUGGAGCUGGCUCGCCUCCUGGCACUGGAUCUGUCUCUGGAACCAGCUUUGCUUCUCAGAGUAGCUCUACCUCCAAGACUAGUAGUUCCGUCUCCUGA